AUGUCCGGAUCCGCAUCAGGAGAAGGAAAUCACGACGGCGGCCAACUCUAUGGCGAGCACGACAGCGUCUUCUUCCAGAGUCCGGCGUGCGGCGGUGGGGACGAUGUUGGUGUAACCCCGUCGGCCUACUCCACCAUCACCAACUACCUGCAGGGGCUCCUCAACCCCGCGGAGCUCGCGAGGCCACCAAGCUGCCCGGCUGCGGGCCAGGUGAUCUGUGCCGCUGCGGCCCCGUCCACGGCCAACUCGUCGACGUCCAGCGAGGCGGUGGUCGGGCCCCGCGGGUGCAAGAGAGGCAUGCCGGCGCCGGAGGAGGGAGACGAGGAUGGUUUGGCCGAUCAUGGCAGCUGCAGGAGCGCCAAGAAGGAGCAAGAGAAGAAGGGGAAGGGGGAGAAGAAGGCCCGUGGCUCCCGUGUGGCAUUUGCGACCAAGAGCGAGGUUGACCACCUCGACGAUGGCUACCGCUGGCGCAAGUAUGGCCAGAAGGCCGUCAAGAACAGCUCCUUCCCAAGGAGCUACUAUCGGUGCACGGCCGCGCAGUGUGGGGUGAAGAAGCUAGUGGAGCGGUUGCAGCAGGACCCUUCCACGGUCGUCACCACCUACGAGGGCCGCCACGGCCACCCAAGCCCCAUCACCGCCCACCGUGGCGCACGGAUGCUAAUGGCCACCAGUGCCGACACUGUCUACUCGCUUGCCGCACUCCAACAUCACCAACAUGGCUUUUUUCCAACCGGUACUGAUGUCUACACUUCGUCGGUGGCACACCGAGUGUCGGAGUAUGGCGGCAUUCAGUUCCAUGCCGAUCUUCUUCCGGAUGCCACGAUGGGCUACCAGCAAGGGUAUCGUUAA